AUGAACCGUCACUCAUCUUUUGGCGACCCCGGGCCCUCAGGCUACACACACGACGACUCGAUCUCUCCCUCCAUCCAGACCGGCAACCUCCCGCCCCAGUACGAUCACAUGGUCUCACCAGAGAUGGGAACCCACAUGCCCCUCAUCUCGCCUGGUCCACUUGGCCACCAUCAGCAUGGGCACAUGCUCGCCCCAGCCCCAGUACCCGACUUUCAGCAGUACCAGAUGCCCAUGCACCCUGGUCCCCCAAGUCGCCCUCCCUCGCAGCAGCACCGCCCUUCCUUUUCCGGAGUCAACUAUAUGUCAAUGCAGCGCCACUCGUCCAUUCAGACGACGACCCGCUCGGACAGCCCCCACAUGCUCGGCGGUGACGUUUUCGGUGGCUCGGCCAUCGGUAGCUCAUCCGAGGCCAGCUUGAUGCUUGAUGGAAACCAUCUCCCCGUUGCCUACGAGUACCACACAACACCGUUCUCUGCCGACCUCCCACAGGGCAUCUCACCUGCACGCGCUCUUGGUCCAGCUCCCACGCAACUGCAGCCGUUCACGACUCCCAACUCGAACGACACGCACACGACACCCACAAACGCAGCGUACAAGGUCGUCCUCCCUUCAUCGUCAUCCAUUGACAGCUCGAGCGAUAACAGCAGCUCGAUUGAGCGUCCUUCUACGCGCCACAACAAGAUUGAGCUGAGUGAUGACGAGAACGACUCUCCCACCAAGCGGGUGGGUCCUCGUGUUCCAACCCUGGAACCUGCCCAAGGCGACUCGCGUGCCAUGGUUCCGGCUAAGAGGACAACAGCUCUCACCGCGCGCCAUCAACGCCCACUGCCCAAGGCUGGCCCAGCCACUGGUGGUGGACGUACAAGCGCAAAGUUUACAAAGGUGGCUGAGGACCCUGGUGUGGAGGGUAUUCCCCCCGGCGCUCGCUCAAUGGAACGCCCUCAGCAGUCAUUUGCCUGCAUCAUUGGCCAGGCCAUCCUCAAGUCCUCCGCAGGCGGCCUAUCACUGGAGCACAUUUACCGUUAUGUGGAGACCGCCUACCCUUACUUCAAAACCGUCGACCAGUGGCGCAACUCUGUUCGCCACAAUCUAUCAAUCCACAAGAUCUUCGUUACCAUUCCGCGUACGGACAAGUACCCCCCUGGCAAAGGUGGCAUCUGGAUCAUUGAUGAGAACGAGAAAUGCCACUGGCCGUCCGAAGACAAGUUUAUCAAGAAUUUCCCACCCAUCCACCCUCACCACGCCUAUUGUCGCCAGACGCUCCACGAGCGGGCCGUUGACCAACGCCUUCGUGAAAAGGCCGAGUCUGAGGGCAGGGUCUACGUUCCGAGGAAGGGAAAGGGCAAGAACCGCAAGGCGGCUGCUUUGAAGGACGAGGCCGCUCCUCUGCCACCACCAGUUCAUGCCGCUCCAGGCCUGCCACACCCGGGUCCUCCUCCACACUGUCUCCAAGGACCUGUUCCCGCUAUUCCGCUGCCACCCAUGAUGCAGCAGCCUCAACCGCACCAUAUGGCACCGCCGCCACUUCCUUCAUCCCCUCCUCCUAUUCCCAACUCGCAGACCACAUCGUCGUUUGACUUUGAGGACGAUGGUGACUUUGUCCCAGAGCCGUGUCACGCUCCUCAAUACCCCGACGCAUCAAAGAACAGGAACACCAUGAGUCUGGGACCUCCCAUUGGCCACCCCGACAGCAGCAGGAACCUCCGUGACGAGGACGAGGAAAAUGUCUUUGGUGGUGGCGACAACGUUUUCGGGAGUGUGCCCAAGCGUGUCCGUCUCGCCCAGCCCGAACCUCUUUCGCCCAUCAUGGAGCAGCAAGCCAGCAGCAGUGGGUUCCUGCACGAUGAUCCCGACAUGUUCAUCACUCCCUCGCGCGAGCGUACGCGACCCAGCAUGGCCUCCAGCUCCCAGCACUUCACGUCGAGCGCUCUCAAGACCCCAGCGCUUAUUCAGACGUCGUCGUCGCCUACAUCGUCCCCAAUGCCACCAACCAUCACUCGUGGAUCCCACCACCACCCCAGCGGACUGCAGCAGGCUUGGACCCAGGACGACAUGAUGCGCGCCACCACACCCACAUCGCCCAAGGCCAAGCUUGACCCUGCGUUUGACCUCAAGCCCACUCCACAGAAGCGUGAUCGUGACGACGACUCGUUUCAGUCACUUGUUACCCACACAGAGCGUGGCGCGAUUCCCAAGACGCCAGUUACCCGCUCCUCGGCUGCGGCCGAACGGACGCCUCGUAUUGGCGGUCUGCGCACCCCUGGCAUGAUGACCAAGACGCCCUUGACAUAUGGCAGUCCAGCUCGCAUGCCCCCCUCAGCCAAUGCCCUCCUCUCCACCCCACUUUGGGAGAUGAGCGGCGUACUCGAACGUCUCAAGAAUGCCGAAUCGCCCACUCGCACUCCUCGCUCCGACGUUCCCCCCACCAGCCCUACCCACUACUCGUUGAGCGACUGUGGCGACUCACCUGUCGCCAAGCGCCGCAAGCUUGCGGUGUAA